AUGGCUUCAAUCUCUGUCCUCAAGAGUUCGACUGUGACCGUCAAAGGUCCCAAGGGUACGAAGAUCAUAACGCGCCAGAAAUUGCGCAAGUACUCUUGGUUACCAGAUGUGCUCCGCCUCAAAGGAAGCGUCGUGCCCCGCAUCGUCGGUCCAGUCCUGACCGUCACCAUCUUUGCCACGGCCGCGGCCUACUUGUGGGCGCACGGCACGGACAUAUCUUUGACGAACUCUGUUGUACCGCUUCUGUCUGUGGUUGUGGGCCUGAUUCUUGUCUUCAGAAAUGGCACUUCCUAUGAUCGGUACUGGGAAGGACGCAAAGAUUUCGGGACCAUGGUUUCUCAUGUCCGCAACCUCUCUCGCCUCAUCUGGAUCAAUGUCUCCCUGCCCCCGGCAGACGACGCCUCGCGCGGCAAGGCCGCUUCCGCCAAUCUCACCCCCGCCCAGCUCCGACGCAGGAAGGUGGACGCGAUCAAACUCUCCCUCUCCUUCGCCUAUGCCGUAAAGCACUACCUCCGCGGCGAGGACGGCCUCGACUGGGACGACUACGCCGGGAUCCUCCCCGCCCGCACCGCUCGUCUCUACAACGGGCUCUACCAGCCCCCAAACAAGGACUACAAGUAUUCUACCGUUGGCACGAGCGGCAAGUCCACCGGGUACGCCAGCUACGCCGCAACGGAGUACAGCGUCCGCCGCGACUCGCCGGAGGGCUUCGACACGGGUUCGAGCACGCCUGGGGCGGACACGCUCCUCGACGUCGAGAGGGGCCGGCAGAGCACUGCCGACGCGACGAAACGCGUCAGAGUCAAGCGGAGCAAGGAUCGCCUGAAGGCCCCUGGGCAGAAGUCGACCACGCCCCUGAUGAGUUCCUUACAACACACGAUCGACUUCUCGCCCGACCCAGACAGCCUGAGCACCCCGCUGCCCAUGGUCAUCGCGCACGAGCUCUCGCAUGCACUGUUCAAGUUCCGCAGGGACGGGUACCUCGAGACCGUCGGUCCCGCUGGCAUGAAUGCCAUGAAUACCCUCAUCCAAGGCAUGAUUGAUAUGAUGACCUGUAUGGAACGGGUCGCCAACACGCCGAUCCCGCGCUCAUACAGCAUCCAUCUGAAGCAAUGCGUGACCCUAUACUUGUUUUCUCUCCCCUUCACUCUUGUCAGGGAGCUUGGCUGGGGCAUGAUUCCCAUCGUCACUGUGGUGGCGUUCACUCUGAUGGGCAUUGAGGGUAUCGCGGAGGAGAUUGAGAUGCCUUUUGGACUCGAUUCGGCAGACCUUCCCUUGGAACGUUACUGUGAGGACCUCAAGGAGGAGAUCGAGUUCAUGGUGGAGAAGUUGCCCGAAGGAGGGCAGGGCAUGGGUGGUUACGACGAUGGCGAAGGCGACGACUAA